AUGGAUAUUGGACGUUUGGAACCGUUGGAAACGCUCGAGAAGGAUUAUUAUUUAGAUGAACGUAACGGUUGGUAUAGUGAUGGUGAACAAAGAGACAGCGAAAGUUCUGAUGAUGAAUUGCGCGAACAGUUACAAGAAUUAGCUGGCAUGCGGUGCGAAUAUAAAGAUGAGAAACGACAUGAAAAAGUGAAGAAAUGGGAUAAAUUUGAAUUAGAUAUGGAUAGCGAACUAAGUAAAAGUUUUGUCGCGCAUGCAUCGAGAAUAUUCUCUUUAACGAAGAAGGAAAAUGGAGAGGAUUUAGAAAUUGACAACGAAAAUGAAAUGGAUGCAGAUAAUAGUGGUGGUACCCAAACUGCGCAAAAUGAAGCUUCUGCAAAUAGCGGUAUUAUUUCGUCAACGAAUAAGCAGACUUCUUCAAACAAGCGCGUUAAAUCGGUAACUUUCGAAGAUCAACUGAACAAACGUGGAUGUAGCUCAGAAUCUUCUUUUAGUAAUGAUAGCAAUUUGUUACAUAAAGCAGUAAACAAGAUUGCAAAAGCGGCAAAAAGCAAUGCUGAAGUUGAAUUCUACGAUUCGGAUGAAGAUGAAGACAAUGAACGUUGGGUAAGCCGUCAUCGGGAAGAGCUGAAAAUCGGAAAAUCCUUGAACAAUUCUUCUGAAGAAAAUAGAACGACAAAACAAAAAAAGGAUCAGGAUCAUGUAACGGAUGCAGUACUCUCAUGCCCUGCAUGUAUGUCAUUAUUAACAAGAGACUGUCAAAGGCAUGAGAUCUAUCUUAAUCAGUACAGAGCUGUCUUUGUGGAAAAUUGCAAUGUGGUGAAAAAUGAAGUAUUAUUCUUGCCUCAGUCGGGAAAAAAUAAGCGGAAGGCUCGGAAAAAUGCCACAGGAGUUAAACCGAAUAGUAUCGUUGAUCCUGCUGUUAUUACGACGCUUCCGAAAGAAGAUUUAUUUCAUCCAGUGCUUUGUAAAGUUUGCGCCACAAAUAUUGGAGUAUGUAAUUAUGAGGAGGUUUUUCACUUUUUCAAUGUCCUUACUGGUUAUGCUUGA